UCGGUUCCGCUAUCGUCAACGUUGCGACCAUUCAUAGCUCGAAGAGGCUUUUUUAACAGUAAAGCAACCACCCACCUUGAACGACAUAGCAUGUUUAGCUUCCUAAAAGGAUAGUGUUCAAUCUAAACUAAUCCAGAGAAAGCCUUUAUUGUCGGUUUCGUGGGAACUAUAUUUUGAUACAACCGGAGCGUGUCACCUUGAAUUCGGCCUGCCUGGAAUGGCUAAACGCAAAGCUAGCCAACCGCUCUUUUAAGCUUUAACGUAUUAUAACUGUCCGUCGCCGGAAGUGGGACAGUUUUAUCGUUCACCUGCAUAUCAAGAUUUUUUUUUAAAUUUAUGUUUUCUCUUUUUACGUGGAGUUUUGAAAAUGGGUGUAGUGGUGCGUAAUCUCCAAAAGGUGGUGCCUCUCCGCCGCGCCAGACUGCGCAAAGAUGUGGACACACUGAGACACAUACUCGGCGUCCAGAAAUUUGACUUAGGCAUCAUCUGCGUGGACAACCAGAGGAUUCAACAGAUUAAUAACAUCUAUAGGAAGAAAAAUGUACCUACGGAUGUCCUCUCAUUUCCAUUCUACGAGGACCUGAGACCUGGUAAGAUGCCUUGUCCCCUUCAUAGAGACGAGCUGAACCUUGGGGACAUUUUCCUGGGGGUUGAGUUUGUGAUGAAGCAGUGUAAAGAGGAAUCUAUAGAUCUGCACGGAGCUCUGACUGUCGUCACAGCACACGGUAUCUGUCACCUGCUGGGUUACAGGCAUGAGACAGAGGAGGAAUGGGCUGAGAUGCUGCAGAGAGAAAGUUAUAUUCUGAGCGAGUACAACAGACUCACGGGUCGACAUCUGGAGCCACUGAUGAAGAGAUGCGACCAGGAUAGGUGACAGUGACUGUUUCCUGUUAACCUCACUGUUUGAAAAGUGAACACUGCACUAUGGAUAUUGCUCGUACACUCUCUUGUAACCAGACGGACUACUGUUGUAUUCACCGCCUUUCUCUGAUCCUGAAACAUACGGGGGACACCCGGCGGUAGACACACAACCCGCCGAUGUGUGUCGGACACUCAUCUGAAACACUGGAAGUGAAGGGUUGAUGAGUUUUUUGUUUUUUUAAACAUCAAAUCAAAAAAAAGUCUGUGCACUUUCACUGUAAUAUUUUAUUAAAAUCUGCUUUAAGAAGAAGAAGUCAGUUGUAUAUGAAGGAUAGAAAAAGCUGCUCUUUCUUACUUCACAAAUACUUUGUACCCUCUUUACACUGCAUCUGGGACAAGAUGUUCAGGAAGGCGCCAUGUUUCAGAACUGUAACUCCAAGGCGGACAUAUAUAUAUUUAUAUAUAUAUAUAUUUAAAAAAAAAAAAAAAGAAUAACUUGUCUGAUGUCAUAACUGGGCAUAUGUUCAUGGUGCAGCAGAGUAUUGUUCUCACAGGAAGUCAGCUAAUAAUGCUGCACGCUUCCUAAAAACCCAACUACAACGGGCUGAGUCUGUGUGUUUUUUAAAUGCUAUAUUAAACAAAAGUCGUCUGAUUUUA